GAAAACAAAGGAAUGUCUAUAUGGUCUAUAGUCUUGGGUAGUCUUGGAUAUUGUUGGAUAUGUAGUUUCAUUAAAUAAAACUGUUUGACAAUCUGUGUUUACAUUUUCAUUUUUAAAUUGUGAUCUAAUCUCGACGCCAAACUGUCUCACACAGGGGAAAAGGAACGAAAUCGAGGCAGCAUGCCAGAACCAGUACAUCAUCAAAUAAAUGCUGCUCGAAAAACGUUCCAAACAUUAUACCAAAUAUCUAAAUUAUUAAAUACAAAUUUAGAUCCCACAACAUUAAGUAUAUGUAUUCGAUUAUGUGAGAAUGGUGUAAAUCCUUAUGCACUUGCAACUGUAGUGAAGGAGUUGCAAAGAGAAGUUAAAGCCAUGGAUAAUACUAAUCAGUUAGAAUCUCCAACUAGCAAAUCUAGUUUAAAUAAAUAAUUAAAUCCAUGUUAUACACUUAACAAAUAAAAUUGAUCUGAUAGUGAAUAAUUUUUUAUACAUAUUUUAGUUAGUUACAAUGAAAAAGUACAUACACUGUUUGUAAUGAAAAAUGUUAAAUGAUUUAUUGUUAUUCCUGUUUGAUAUUAGUUUAACAAUGUAACCACAGCAUUAAAAUUAUAGGAUGAACAAAAUAUUUAAUUUUCUUCCUGUCAUAUAGUUUAUACAAUUAUAUAAAUUUCAUUUUAUGAAUUUGUAAUUACACCAUUGUAAAGUAAAUAAAGAAUAAUACUACAAAGAAGGUUAAAUUGAAA